GAUGCACAAAAGAUAACUCGGCAUUCCUGAAGCCCCACCAUUAUUUAGAAAAGAUGAAAAAACCGUGAAAUUUGAGUCCAAAAUCUCGAAAAUGUAAACCAAUUACAUUUCCUCUUUCAUGUGGGCAUCGGAUUAUUCCACGCAUAUCAACCAAUCACAUGGUUUGUUUCAUGUAGGCGCAUACAGCGAACAUGGCGAUGUAUUCAUCGUCGGACGUUGAUGUUACCAGCAGCGCAUCUGCCGACGAUUGUGAGGGUGCAAUUACAGGAUUUUGUUGCAUGCACGUUGUUGCAACUCAUAGCAGAGUUAUCCCUCUUAGGUAGAAGUCUUUCAAAAAAUUCAAGGAAUGUGCAAAUAUAUGGGAAAAAGCGGAAAAUACCAUCGAAAGUAAGAUUGCACACAACGCAGAUCGCUAUGACUGGGACAGUAUACAAACGCCUACUGCUACUGAAGAGCAAGAAGACAUCGACAGAGAACAGCUCUGUGAUAAUGAUCAAGACGAAAGGAGUGGGAGGAGACAUCGUGCCGUUCCAGGUUACCAUGCUGAAUGCUAUCGCAAUUUCUGCAACAUUACAGAGGUCAACCGUGCUAUCAGGAGGCAUGAAGGAGAGCUAAUUAUCAGGCCACAGUACACACAAAUUUUGUCUAGAGCAGACCCCUGACAUUCCAAGUCCACAUGGUCAUGGUUGGAAAGUGGAAGAUGGAGAAAUAGAUAUUGUCUGGGGAGAACAACCCCCUGCCCCUAGCAGUUUGCUAGAACUAACCCACUGCAUUUGCAAGAAGACAAACUGCAAGGU